UAGUUAAAGAAAAUGAAUCAAAUACUUAAGUCAAUGUUGGAAAAUACAAAGACUAGAAACGUAUCUUAGUCACAAAUCACAAUGGAUAAUAAAGUGUUCAUCUUACUCUUAGUUUUUAUAUCUAUCCAAGUUUAUUUUAUAGAGUCCUUAAAAUUACAAGAUGGACUUCGGUCGUUAAGUGAUGAUGGUGUAAAACAAAAUUGUCGUGAAAAAGAAAACGUUACAACAGUUGAAUUUUCGAACUUCGAUUUUGAUAUUAAUAUAAUUCGAAAAUCUGUUGAGAAGAAUCCAAAAGAAAAAUGUUACAUAGUUUGUGUGUUAGAACAUGGGCAGUUGAUGAACGGAUGUGAGGUGCUAGUGGAUAAUUUUUUUGAUCUAGAAAAAGAAUCGGUUAAAAAAAGUGAAGAAUUUAUACAAUUUAAUAAAAUUAAGGAAAUUCUUAAAAAUAAAACAGAUCGUUGUGAAUGUGGAUUUAUGUUGUUAGAUUUAUUAUUUACUGAAAAUGUAUAAAAUUAAAAAAAAAUA